AUGCCCAAGUCGAAGCGUGCCAAGGUCGUCCCGCUCACGAAGACGCGUGCCAAGACGCGGGAGGACAAGGACAAGCUCAUUGCCCGCAUUCGCGAUGCCCUCGACGACUACACGGACGUCUACACCUUCACGCUGUCAAAUGUGCGCACGAACAUUUUGCAGCAAAUUCGCGAGGAGCGCAAGGGCGACAGCUGUCUGUUCCUCGGCAAUAAUAAGCUGAUUAUGAUUGCACUUGGCCGUGACGAGGAAAGCUCACAGCGGCCGAAUCUGCACAAGCUGUGCAAGUUCCUUGUGGGCUCCUGCGGACUGCUUUUUACAAACCUCCCCAAGAAGGAGGUGAAGAGCUACUUUGCCUCCGUUGGUGCGCAGGUCUACGCCCGCACCGGGCAGACGGCGACGAGUUCACUUGUGCUGCGCGCCGGGCCUCUGCCACAGUUCCCGCACAGCAUGUUCGACCACCUGUCGAAGCUCGGCCUUCCCAUCAAGCUCGACAAGGGCGUCAUUGUCCUCCUGCAGGACACCACCGUCUGCGAGCCCAACGACACCCUCAGCGCAGAGGCCGCCCAACUGCUGAGGCUCUUUGGCGUUCAGUCGGCUGAGUUUAGGAUUGACCUGACGGCGCACUGGGCAAACGGCGUCGCCAGCAGGAUUGGCGCCAAGAUGGAGGAGAAAGUCACACCACAGGACUAG